AUGACCAAAUGCCGUAUUGAUAUUGAUGACAAAUACCGCACAAGCUUUUCGACUGGCGGAUUAAGCGAAAAUAAGACCUAUGAAAUGAUAAUGAAGAAUGGUGGCUAUUAUGCCUAUAGCUGGCGCGUAGGUUGGCCGAUUUUUGCUUAUAUGCUCCAGGACUUGUCAAAUGGUGCGUCUAUCAAAUACACCAAUGAUGAUAGAGAUAAAGUUUACAUUGCUAUUUCCGGUAAUCAGAGAGAUGCUCGGAUUUUUAGCUUGUUGGAAUAG